AUGGUUCAAGGCGGAAACCCCCUUACAGUUGGAGUUGGCAUCAUCAUUGAUAUCAUCCGGAAAAAUAAUCCUGAUUAUGAUCCUGAGAUGACUGAGAACCGCAAUUCUACCCCAACUACCCAUGACCCUAUAUAUCUUGGUACCAUGCUAAAGGAAUUUGCAAGCCAUGUUCCCCAAUUUAUGGAAUUAAUGAACAAGAAAAGCAGAUCAGAUGAUUCUAAGCUUGACACUGCAUGGGGAGAAACUAUCGAGCCCCUUGGCUUUGAUAGAUUCAAGACUUGCGAACUUAUGGCUGAACUACUCCAUUGUAGCAAUAUGUGCCUACAUAAUGAAUCUGGUAGCCAUGGGGAUAUGCUAGCACGAGACUUGGAAAGGGAACGACUACGAGCUUCAGGAUUUCCACAGCAUACAGAGGACGGGUUUGUGUACGCGGACAGUACCAACGGGAUCUCGGACUCGAGAAUGGAUACUACAUCUCAUGAAGAAUUCAGAAGAGGAGAGCAGGCUAAUACUGGUGAAGAUGAACCAUUCGAAGAAAUUACAUCUUCCGGUGUACUCGUUGAUAGAGUCAAGGACUCUGAAAGCCCUGCUGAAUGUGAUACCAAGCCUACCGCUGACAAUACUCUUUCAAGCAUUCCAAAGUUAGGACAGGGAGAUGACUUUGUUGAUGAACCAUUGACACCCCCGAAGCUAGAUACCUCCAAAAAUGAUUCUUCAACGACUGAGGAAGACUCUACCGUCAAAGAAUCCGUUUCUUCUGCGAUACAGUCCGACCUGACCGAAAAAGUAGAUGAAAUACACCUCAAUAAAAAGGAAGAAGAUACGAGGGAACCCGAAGCGGAUUACAAGCCAUCUGACCCUCCCGUAUCCGCACCGACUGCUGAACAGCCGGCUAGCUCAGAAACAAUACCAACCUCCUCUGCCUUAACGACCCCAGAAACCACCCCAACACUAUCAGUGGAAGAACAUCCACAACCAUCUCAAACAGAGGAGGCCACAUUCGAAGAAUCCAAGUAUGAAUCUGAUCCAUUUAUUCAAAGGGAGCCUGACGGGAAACCUGUUGUCGGUGAUUAUAUGAAGAUAAUGUUCCACGAGCACAAGGUUGUGCCAACGGUACUGGUAAGUACCCAUGUGAUGCUAGUAAUCUCUGGGUUUCUUAACUGA